GGGCGCUGGGGUCGAGGGUAGCUUGAGCGCGGCGGCGGCGUUGUUCAGUCAGAGCGAGAACAUUCCAGAGGUCGCCAGGCCCCGGGCGCUGAAGGGUGUGGACCCCGGACGUCGCUGGGACAGCCCCUCCCCGCUGCUCGGCGGCGCCUGGCCCGGCCGCUGCUCGCUGCGCUGCCUCCGCCGCCUCUCCUCGGACUCGGGUUCGCGCGCCUCACUUCAUCCCAGUCCCGGGCGAGCAGCGUUGGGUUUAUGUCUUUAUUUGACGAAAACGAGCUGUUGCGCAGCCAUUGGUACCUGUAUUGGGGAAACAUAGCAUACAAGCAAGAAGCUUACAGCCUCAGUGGCGAAAAAUUUUUCAUGUCAGAGACCGAGAACUCUUGCAGUCGUUUAUGUCAUCCCUUCUUCUCCAGACAGAGGAUACCAAAAAAUUGCAAUCAAAGAUCUCUUCAUCUUAUUGAUAAAGCCACUAAUAAGCCAAAAUGUCUGUCAACGUCAACCGCAGCGUGUCAGACCAGUUCUAUCGCUACAAGAUGCCCCGUCUGAUUGCCAAGGUUGAGGGCAAAGGAAAUGGAAUCAAGACAGUUAUAGUCAACAUGGUUGACGUAGCGAAAGCGCUUAAUCGGCCUCCAACGUAUCCCACCAAAUAUUUUGGUUGUGAGCUGGGAGCACAGACCCAGUUUGAUGUUAAGAAUGACCGUUACAUUGUCAAUGGAUCUCAUGAGGCGAAUAAGCUGCAAGACAUGUUGGAUGGAUUCAUUAAAAAAUUUGUUCUCUGUCCUGAGUGUGAGAAUCCUGAAACAGAUCUGCAUGUCAAUCCAAAGAAGCAAACAAUAGGUAAUUCUUGUAAAGCCUGUGGCUAUCGAGGCAUGCUUGACACACAUCAUAAACUCUGCACAUUCAUUCUCAAAAACCCACCUGAGAAUAGUGACAGUAGUACAGGAAAAAAAGAAAAGGAAAAGAAAAAUAGAAAGGGCAAAGACAAGGAAAAUGGCUCCGUUUCCAGCAGUGAGACACCACCACCACCACCACCAAAUGAAAUCAGUCCUCCUCCACAUGCUGUGGAAGAAGAGGAGGAUGACGACUGGGGAGAGGAUACAACAGAGGAAGCUCAAAGGCGCAGAAUGGAUGAGAUCAGUGACCAUGCAAAAGUUCUAACCCUCAGUGACGAUUUGGAAAGGACUGUUGAAGAGCGGGUCAAUAUCCUGUUUGAUUUUGUUAAGAAAAAGAAAGAAGAAGGUAUUAUUGACUCAUCUGACAAAGAGAUUGUAGCUGAAGCAGAAAGACUGGAUGUAAAAGCCAUGGGCCCUCUUGUUUUGACUGAAGUUCUUUUUAAUGAGAAGAUCAGAGAACAAAUUAAGAAAUACAGGCGCCAUUUCUUACGAUUUUGUCACAACAACAAAAAAGCUCAGCGGUACCUUCUUCAUGGUUUGGAGUGUGUGGUAGCAAUGCAUCAAGCUCAGCUCAUUUCCAAGAUCCCACAUAUCUUGAAGGAGAUGUAUGAUGCAGACCUUUUGGAGGAAGAGGUCAUCAUUAGCUGGUCGGAAAAGACCUCUAAGAAAUAUGUCUCAAAAGAACUUGCCAAAGAGAUUCGUGUCAAAGCAGAACCUUUUAUAAAAUGGUUAAAGGAAGCAGAGGAAGAAUCUUCUGGUGGUGAAGAUGAUGAUGAAGAUGAGAAUAUUGAGGUGGUGUAUUCAAAGACUGCCAGUGUACCGAAAGUUGAAGCUGUAAAGUCUGACAACAAAGAUGAUGACAUUGAUAUUGAUGCCAUUUAAAGGGGUGGGUGCAGCCCAGCUUAACAGUGUAAUGCUGAGAAUCUUUUUGCAUCAUCGGCCAGAAGUGCAACAUGAGUGUGCAAAAGCUAAAAUGGCUUAACAUUAUGCUACACUUUUCUACUAAAAAUGUAUUGCUGUGAGUGGUCUGUAUUUAAACCCAACAAGACAUCUAGGGAGUCCAUACACAUAUCAGUGAGCAGGUGUAGUUUGCUUAUUUAUAGCAUGUUUCUUUUUGAAAAAUUAGUGGUGGACACAUUUGGAUCACAUUUAUACAGUUAUAAAAAAUAAAGAUUUGAUUUUGGUCAUUCUUCAGAUUUUUGACUCUGAAUGACUUAAGUAAGCUGAAAUAAUUGGCUCCUUAAAAAUGUUGCACCAUCAUUUAACCUGAUAGGAUUAUUGGAGCCUGUUAGGUAUUAGGUGCCGAGACUUUAAAAGGUCCUUCAGCAAAAUGUGAACAUAAACUUAUAAAUACCUUACUCGGUCAUUAGGAAAUGCAUAGCGCUUUAAGUCUUCUCUCUAGUCCCUGAAAUUGGCAUCUGAUAAUGUACAUCCUUCCCAUGCCAAGGUGGACAGAUAAUCAAAUGACAGUGCAACACCUUUUUCUUACUAAGAAGUUAAAAUGACCUGAGUGUCCUAUAAAUUUAAGAGCAGGUUUUGAAACUUGAAUUGUGUUUGUUUUUUUUUAAAGUCUAUACUUGCCCCAAAUUGUAGUCUUUGAAGUCGUAUGCAUUGCACGUUGGAUGAGCCAGGGGAGUUAUUACAUUAACAUACAAGCAUUUUAUUAUGUGUGUGUAGCUAUUGCUUUAUACUGAGAGAAAAUGGAAAUUUGGGGGAGUGAUUAAAUACUAAUAAGCUCUAUGAUUUUAUUUGGGGGAAGCAGGAAAAGAUGCAAUUAAUCUCAAGGAAAAACUGAGCGUAACUUCUCAGCAUUUACUCUUGAUUCAAAUUACAGUUUGAGAAUAUUUAGACAUACUGUAUCUCUUGUUCAGUGUGGAUUUUUCCCUGGAUACUAUGGUUCUUUUAUUUUUGCAUUUGGAUACAUAACUUAUGCUUUCUCGGUUUUUGUUGCUAUCUUGCCAAAAUAAGUAUUAACUGUGUCUCAAACUCCCUGCCACAGCCCCCCCCCCCCCCCCGAAAAUGUGUUAUUUAAAAAAGUAAAAGCAUGUUUCUAAGUCAUAGCCUAUAUUUUGGUGUAAGACUUGGGGUGUUUAUUUCAUGCUGAAUAUAGUGAGAUACCCAAGAAGACUGGUGAUGGCAACUAGGGCCUGACCCAGCCCAUCCUGGGCUUUAGAUUUGGAAAUAACAUCAUUGCAAAUUGCUUGCCUAAUUUGCUGAUAUAAACUCACUCGAUAGGGCUUAUGAGUACAUCUUAGAAGUCUUGAAGGUACAAAUAUACACAGAAAAUACAGUGUGGGAAUCAAAUGCAUGGAGUGAAUUUUGUUUGGAACACUGGUUUAUAUCAUUCAUCUCUUUGUGAUCAUUACAGGAUGUUAACAAAUGUAUGUAAGUUUUUCACAUUGAAAUUAUACAAUCUGGUAUAAUAAAACCUUGUUAGCUUGAUAUUUUAAGGAAAAACACUGGCAUUCUUACUGGGGAGGUACAAAGUGGUCUCUAGCUGCCUUUUUUUUUUUUUUUUUUUUUUUUUUUAUAAUUUUGUUGAGAUUGAAGGAGAAUCAUUUGUCUAUGUGGAGGGAAUGUGCUUUGUCACACCAAAGAGAAGAGGCUUUUGUAAAUUCACAUCAUACCUAGGUGUUAAAUUUCUUGCUAUUUUCUGAAAUUUUGGGGAGUACCAAGUUGCAUUCAGGAUACCCAUUAUCAAGCUAAUGAGGUUUUAUUAUAGAGGGUUUUUUUCCCUUUUUUUCUCCCAUCGCGCCCCCCCCCCCCCCCAAAAAAAAAAAAACUGAAGGAAAAUGUUCAGGGCUUCUAAAACACUAAAGAGAAAAUUUUGGCUUAGACCAGUGUUCAGUCUAGUGCCAAACUUAAAAUGGGAUUCAAAUCCACAUAGUAAGGGAUUUAUUCAUAGCAGCUAUCCUGAUAGAGUGAUCUUUCACUUUGCUCUAUUCAACUCUUAAAAUUUCCUGUUUCAAACAGCUGUUAUUUGAUUAAAACAAUGUUAAAAUUAUUUUUGUCUGCUUUAAUAUUAACCUGAAUUUUGUUUAUAAAGUUGGAGUGUUGAAAA